AUGCUUAGACACAAUAGACAUUUAUUUUCCGCUGUGGCAAGGUCCUCUGUGUUAAUUAGCAGACCUGUUGCUAUUAGAUGUAUAAAUACAGAGAGAAUACCUAGUCCACCAAAACUUCCAAGGGAAGAGCAAGAAGAGUUUGAGAGACUUCAGAGAAUUGCACACUCUCAGGAAGCCAUCGAUGAGUAUAAUAGGAAGAUUAAAGGUGACCACACUAAGGAGAGUUUGAACAACGAGAUGUUGACCAAGAACGAUAUUGGUUCAUUCUCGCCAGAGUUCUCAAAGACCAUUCCUGAAUUCGAGGGUGAUGUUAACCCAAAGACUGGUGAAAUCGGUGGUCCAAAGCAAGACCCUCUGAAACAUGGUGAUUAUUCCUUCAACGGUAGAGUGACUGACUUUUAA